CACCACCGAGGGGAAAUCACUCACGUCACAAACGACGCGAAAGAUAACCAUCCCAUCCGUGUUUUCGGAGCAAGGGCCAGCGGAUCCAAAUGGCGUCCAACGUCCAAUCAUUGCCAACGUCUACUGACGCCGAGAGCCCGCAGGUGUUGAAGAAGCGGAAAAGAAACAUCGAGAGAGCGCGUGUUACUCGCGCGUGCGAUAGGUGCAAAAAACGGAAGAUCAAAUGCAAUGGCGCUCAGCCGUGUGAGUUUUGUAUCCGGGCCAAGGCGAGUUGUACAUUCGAUUCGGCCUAUGCGAGAGGCCGGGUGCCUGCUAUUCUCCCAGCCUCUGAUGUUGACAGUGGAAGCAAUUCAAUACUAGUGGAUGAUGCUUUGACUCAGGCAACGCAACAUCCUCUAAGAUUACAGAGCCACCAUGUCUCAUCAAGCUAUCUUGUUCCCUUGCCCUCAGCAUCCGCGGCGCCCUCAUCGCAAAGCUCACCAGAGCCUGUUCAGACUGAUCUGCAAGGACAUUACAUCGGGCCCGCGUCAGGAGUCUCCUUUCUGCUCCGGGUUCAGAAGCGCUUACACCAAGCCAUCUCAUUCCACGAUGCUAGCACCAUCUUUACUUUUGGCGAUGCCCCUCUGCAACUUCCCGAGUUCGACCCGUCCUUUUGCAUGAUGCUCCCCAGGGAUGACGCGCAGCGUUUGGUAGACCGGUACUUUGACUUUGCCAUGCCGACGUACCGGUUCCUCCAUCGACCAACAGUUCAGGAAUGGUUUGAAGAGUUUUAUGACACCCUUGGCAUUAUGCGCGAUGCACAGAGUGCGCCAGCCAAGGUCGCAUUACUGUUCAUGGUGUUUGCUCAAGCAAGGGUGUAUAUGCCUGACAGUGACAGGCCGGGUCCGCCAGAUCUUAGUACUCGAUACUUCCUUGCAGCUGAACAUCAACUCACAAAGGAACGGGGCUCGAUUCGCUUGACCAGCGUUCAAGCUCGUUUAACACAAUGCUUCUACCUUCUCACUCAAUCCCGCAUCAACCAUUGCUGGAGUUUAUUCGGCACGAUGUCACAUUUAGCACUGGCCAUUGGCCUGAAUCGGAAUAGACGUCCUGGCCGAAGAAGCGGAUUAAGCGUGGUUGAAGCCCAAUGUCGCCGGCGAACCUUUUGGUGUGCUUACACUCUAGACGCCUAUCUCAGCGUUGCCUUGGGUAGACCGCGGUCAUUUCAUGAUGACGAUAUUGACACGGAGCUUCCGGCAUGUGUUGACGAUGACCAGCUAACGGCGGAAAAUAUUGCCACGUCGCCUGACAAUAGGAGCCCAUCAACCAUGCUUGCUCCAAUUGCGCAUAUCAAAGUCGCUCGGAUAAUCAGCAAGAUCGUGCGCGACCUCUACGCCAUAAAGCCAAUAUCAGCAAGUCGCCGAUCGGUACUCACUGAGCGCAUCUCGAGAGACCUGAGUGACUGGCAAGUCGAGUUCGCUCGGUUUCUCGACAGCGAGUUUUUCAGCACAUCACUCGUCCCUCCAAUCUUUCAGCGGCAACAGAAUGUCCUCAACCUCACCUACUGGCAUGCUAUCAUCCUCACUCAUCGGCCGUUUGUACUGACCAACUUUGCGCGACUUUCUCGCAAGGACGGGAACUCUGGCAUUGAAGACGCCCAGACGGCGGAGAGUGUGCAGCAGUGCUUGAUGGCUGCGAUGAAGACGGUCAAGAAGAUUAACGAUAUUACACAAACACGGCAAAUGUUCCACGCGUUCUGGAUUGCAGCGUACUUCGCCUUCACCGCAACCAUUGUGCUCUACAUCUACGUGAUCCAGAGCCGAGCAUCCCCACCAGAGCUGUACAGCAGCUAUUUCGCAGCCGCCACCAAAUGCCAGUCCCACAUCUCAGCCAUGGCCGAGAAAGGAUCACUCCCGGAGCGAUAUUGCCUUGUCUUGGAGGAAUUGCGCGUCGAAGCCCUACGCCAGGCGAAACGCAUGCACCCGACGAUGACGAAUUUGGGGGGGUUGGAAGAUCUCGCAUACGGAAAUGGAUUCCCACAGAGUACGGCGUCGAUGCCCUUGGAUGACACCCCUAGCGAUAUUGCCAACUACACGGAUGUGCUGGGGGAGAAUGUGAUUGACUUCAACGGUAUGCCAAGUUCUGCGUUUUCAGAUUCCUCGGGCUGGGGACAGUUCGCUUCGAUGGUCUCGUCGGGGCUGGGCAAUCUAGAUUUGUUCCUCAACGAUGACACAUUUACAAUUUAAUCACGACAUGUGCGAUGGCAUUUGUUAACGUAGAACCUGAUUAGCUUCUUUAAAUUUACCUGUGAAGCCUUUUCGUCAUACCCAGGCAAGGAGUGACUUUCACCUCGUACACACCCAUAGCACUAACUAGCACUAAUUGACAUAGAGGAACCUCAGAAUCACAGUCGCUGUGUGGUUGCAGCUAUCUGACGUAGAUCGUCGCAGCACCGGGAACCGACGGAGCUUCUACUCCUCUGUAUUU